GAGGCAUGCUGAGAGCUGUAGUCCAAGGCCCGCAUCAGGCCUGAGCCCCCGGGCACGCUGGGCGCUGUAGUCCAGGCCCGAGCCCCGCCCCGAGCCCCGGGAGUCGCAGUCGCCGAACGGGCGGCGCCUUCCCCGACUCCGGUUCCCGGCGGUGCGCGGAAAUCCUAGGGUUCCAAAAUGAAUAAGGAUGCCCAGAUGAGAGCCACCAUUAACCAAAAGCUGAUAGAAACAGGAGAGCGAGAACGCCUUAAGGAGUUGCUGAGAGCCAAAUUAAUUGAAUGCGGCUGGAAGGAUCAGUUGAAGGCACAUUGCAAAGAUGUCAUUAAAGAAAAAGGAUUAGAGCAUGUUACUGUUGAUGAUUUGGUGGCAGAAAUCACACCCAAGGGCAGAGCCUUGGUACCUGACAGUGUAAAGAAAGAACUCUUGCAAAGAAUAAGAACCUUCCUUGCCCAGCAUGCCAGUCUUUAACUUUGACGUUCAUCUGACAUACAGUAUUUCUGUUUCUGUAUUAUGUCAGUCAUGUCAGGAUUUUUUUUUUUUUUGUAUGAUAAGUUGAAGUUUCUUUGUACUGCAUUGAUUUCUUAAACUUGAUGUUAUUUUAAUAAAAAAUUUUGUGGAUGUGGCGUUCGAAGGCUCUUUUCUCUAUCAGUGCACUAUAGUAUGGUGUAACCUAUUGCAGUUUUUAAUAAUCCAAAUUUUAUACAGUUGUGCAAACCUGAUCAGCUUUUCAAAAAAAUAAGCACGAUUAACAAGUAUGUUAACUAGAAAUGCAGAAGGGAGAAAAAAAAGUUUGUGGAAAAUGGCCCAUGACAUGCUACUGAGCAUAUCCUUUCUACUUUUCCCUGAUUAAUAUCUGGACAGAAUAAAGAAGUUAAGACUGUGGAAUGUUGUUCAUAUUCAUCCGGGGGAUGAUGUGAUUGAGAGCAGCUCUGCAGAAGAGGACUUGGGGGUGCUGGUCGAUGAGAAGCUCAACAUGAGCCGGCAGUGUGCACUCGCAGCCCAGAAGGCCAACCGUAUCCUGGACUGUAUCAAAAGAAGUGUGGCCAGCAGGUCAAGGGAAGUGAUUCUGGACCUCUAUUCCUCUCUUGUGAGACCUCAUCUGGAGUAUUGUGUCCAGUUCUGGAAUCCUCAACAGAAGAAGGAUAUGGAACUGUUGGAACGGGUCUAGAAGAGGGCUACAAAGAUGAUCAUAGGGCUGGAGCACCUCCCAUGCAAGGACAGGCUGAGAGAGGUGGAGUUGUUCAGCCUGGAGAAGACAAGGCUCCAGGGAGACCUUAUAGCGACCUUCCAGUACCUGAAGGGGGCCUACAAGAAAGCUGGGGAGGGGCUGUUUACAAAGGCUUGUAGUGAUAGAGGCAAUGGGUAUAAACUGGAGAGGGACAGAUUUAAAUUAGACAUAAGGAAGAAUUUCUUCCUCAUGGGAGUGGUGAGGCACUGGCACAGGUUGCCCAGGGAAGUUGUGGAUGCCCCAUCCCUGGAGGUGUUCAAGGCCAGGUUGGGUGGGGCCUUGGGCAGCCUGAUCCAGUGGGACAUGUCCCUGCUGGACUAGAUUAUCUUUAAGGUCCCUUCCAAUCCAAACUGUUCUAUGAUUCUAUGAUCUGAGUGCUUCUUUGCUAGAGAGUGAGUGGUCUGAAGUGUCUUGAGUUUUUGCAAAUAUUCACUCAGUAAUUCAUAACAAGAUGAAUUCUUCAAAGAAAGGCAGUCAUAUCUUUCAUCAAGAAUUCUCCACGUUAAUUAGAGUCACUAUUCUGAUCCAUGACUACUGCCCAUAUUGCUGGUAAUUUUUCAUUAUGUGGAUAUUUGGGGCCUUUUGAAAAUUUGCCAACGUAAGUCUACUAAGAUGAUAUAGUCUAAAUUCUUGUACCUGGAACCGCAAUGUCACCCAGGUCUAUAAAUAGCUGUGAAAAUAGUUGAAUAGAGAAGAUCAGGAAAGAAGGGAAACAGUUGUAUUUUUUGCCAUCUUCAGUUUGUGGCAUUCAACAGGUGAUGGAGGAGAUCCAUAAGCAGAAAAUAAGCAAUUAGAUACUGGUGUGGCUUGGCUACUAUGAAAAAUUAAUUGACUCAGCAUAAAUAUUCAUGCUCCCAAUUAAAAGAGUAUCCUAAACCCAGUCUCUAAGGGUGGCAUUGAGGUCUUGCCUGCCUCAGCGGGUUUGGGUGGGGAGGGUGGUUGCUGCUCCCGCUCUGCUCCCCAGCCCCGUGCCCCUCAGCUUUUCACUGGGAAAAGAAUGGUCUCUGCUACCCUGGGGGAGGGCUCCCAUGGCAGUUGGGGCUGUGCUGGCCACCACUGGCCUGGGGAUGGCUCAGCAAUGUAGUCCACCCACACUGCGUGGGGAAGCAGGCGGCAUCAUGGAGUCAUCUAGGCUUGAAAAUACCUUUCAGAUCAUCGAGGCCAACUGUAGACCUGUAACUGCCAAGCCCACCACCAAAUGAGGUCCUUAAACACCACAUCUUUUAAAUAACUCCAGGGAUCAUAGAAACUGUGAAUGGUUUGAGUUCGAAGGAACCUUAAGGAUCAUCAAUUCCAACUCCCCUGU